AUGAGGCGUGGCUGGAGGUACAUGUACUGUCCCCCUGAGAUCCUCCCUGGUGAGAAGGCAGCAGCUCCCCUCUUCCUGCCCCAUGUCCGGAAAGAUUUGUUCUCCCUGCUCUUUGGAAAGGCCUGGGAGAGGCAGAGGAUUGUCUCCAACGGUCGAGCAGCUGAACUACCUGCAGCUCGCGCAGCCACCUCCUUCCCACUGUACGUGGUGCAGGAGUGUGUGCAAGAGACCAUCGUCUUGUACUGUUGCCUCCUGAAGAACAAGGAGCACGUCCCCUUUGCCUUCAGGGACAUCGGUGUUUUGACCUGUGAAGAUGAUUUCCUGUGCAUGAAGUUUUAUCCAGACUGUGUUAAACGUCUGGAGAGCGCUGCAGACCUCGUUGCAAUGCUCCACAGUAGAAUGUGGCCGGCACACCCGACUGCCUUGAGUGGAGAGACCACCGCUCGUGCGAUCCAGAUGUUCCCAAGGUUUCAUCUGACUGUGAGGACAAGGCCAGAGGCCAAAGUGCGGUUCACCUCGCAGCAGCAAGCUGCAGGAGAGUGCAGGAUGAGAGGAGUUUCAUUGUGCCAUCCUGGCAAGCUGCUGGAGAGGCGGAAGCUUUCCCUCCCCACGGUGAGAAGCUGGGAGCCAGGCACGAGGCAGCAAGAUCUGGAGAAGAAGCCUUCCACCAGGUGAGACCCUUGGGGGAAAGGAGGAAGGAGCCACUUGCAGCCACACAGGAGAGAUGUCCCCUUUGGACCCACCAGGCGCAGGGACUCAGAAAGGCUCCUGACACCCGUCCCGGAGGAGGCCGCUCUCUCCACGCAUGGCAAGCGUGCAGCACGUUUGCCUGAGACUGGCACGCCAGCUUCAUUUUCCACCAGGGCCCUGAUCCUUGGGGGAGCUGGAUGCAGAGCCGUGUUGCAGAAGCUCUUGUCCCUUCAGGAGCCCCCCACAUUGCAAGAGUCCAUCUUUUUGUCUGUGGGAGCAAACGUCCCCUGCGGUUUCUUCCAGCUGCCCCGCAGCUUCUUCCAGCCUAAGGAGCUGUGAUACCAGAUGGAAACGUUUCUUUCCAAACGAUAUCCCAGACUUCAUG